AUGGGGGAGAAGCAACCAAGAGAGCUGGUCAGGGUUACUUCCAUCGGAAGCAAUGGAAGUCCUCCUGCAGAUGCCUUCCCUCUUCAGCUCUGUCAAGGUGACUGCGAUAGAGAUGCUGAUUGCGAUGAAGGUUUGAUUUGCUUCCAACGAGGGCCCAAUGUUCCUGUGCCUGGGUGUGAAGGUGGAGCCUCUGAGUCGUCCCAGACAGACUUUUGCAUUUUCGACUUUAGUAGUGCCGGAGCAGGCACACCUCAGCCCACCCCCGGGCCUACACCCCGGCCCACAACAGCACAACCAACAACUACUACGGGAAUGCCUUCCCAGAGCCCUUCACAAGUACCAUCCGAAGCUCCAUCCCAAGGUCCUUUUGGGCGAAUCGAAUAUGUUGGAAACGAGGGUACAUUUUACUCUGCCUACCCAAUGCCAGUCUGUAAGGGAGAUUGCGAUGUGGAUGACGAUUGUAUUGAAGGUCUUUAUUGCCACCAACGAGGGUCAAUGGAUGCUGUGCCCUACUGCGACGGUGGAGAAGAGGAGCGCUCCACUGCUGACUUUUGCGCUUGGGAUGGAGAGAGUCCUGUUCCCGUGCCCGUGAGCGACCCACCAGAAGGAUAUUUCCGACUGAAACUCUACUGGGAGGAAGGUUAUCACUGGCAGAACGAGACUUUUGAGCGUGAAUGGUGUAUGAUGUACGACUACCAGGGAUAUCCUGGAACUGGUUUGUGUUGGGUUGGUGAUGACGCUGUCAAUUGCGACCAAGACCAAGUUUACGUUGGCAAGUGCAUUCAGGACGAACGGAUGUGGUUUACCUUUGUCAACGUUUCAGAUGCCCCGGUGGAAAUCAGCAAGCAACCUUCUUUCAUCGAUGAAAGGCUGAUCAUGACUGGAGACAACGAGCGCUGCUUAACUCGCUACGAUCGAGAGAUUUGGCUCGAAUCCUGCGACCCAGAUAACUUUCGGCAACGAUGGAUUGCUUUGAAUGGAAAUUUCGACGGGGAAGAGUUUGAAAUCAGUCAACGUGGCUUCACUCAUCAAUGUGUCACCAACGACCACCACCCAAAAUCAGGGGAAGUAGUGGAACUCCACGAUUGUGAAGCUUCUCGCGCUUAUGAUUCUCAAACUUCGUUCUGGAACUUGUAUUGA